AUGAUGAAGCCGCUGUGCAUCUCCGAUUCCUCCCGCCUCGCCUCCGACCUGGACGGCCAGCAGGUCUACGUCGCCGGCUGGGGCGCGACCAAGUUCGCUGGGCCCACCGAGGCCUUGAUGCAGUGGGCCCGGAUCAACGUCACGCGCCACGCUCAGUGCCAGGAGACGUACUCCCGCCAGAACACGGCCGUGGACAACACGCAAAUCUGCGCCAACGGCGAGAACGACCUCGGCGGAGUCGACACCUGCAGGGGCGACAGUGGGGGUCCUCUGAUGGAGCGUCGGAACCACAGGAACCAGGAAACCUCGUACGCCGCGGGCGUCGUCUCCUUCGGCUCCGGCUGCGGCAACGUCAACUUCCCGGGUGUCUACACCCAUGUGGAGAGCUUUCUCGACUGGAUCGGCUGCACGGUGGCGAAGAACUGACCACCUGACGAUAGGGUGGCGGGGGGGGGGGGGGGGGGGGCGGCAGGAGC